GGUGACGCUGGGCUCUCCGCGUGCGGCGCUGUAAAGGAGCGAGCGCCGCGGCCCACUACAGCAGUCGCCCGCCGUCAGCCUCCCGCGCUCGUCUCUCGUCACUGCUGCCUGGCGUCCAUUGCUGCCUCUCCCCGCCGUCGCCGACGUCGCCUCCCCGCGCGCUCCCACAACCGCCGCCUGGCCGGUCAGUAAAGCCGGCGAGCCAUUCCCCGCGCCGGCCCCCAGAGGCGGGCAUCCAGCCGGACCCUGAGUGUGGCCCUCUCGUGCUGUGGCCGCCCGCGCCUUCUCGGCCGCUUGUCCAACAUGAAAACCAAGUUCUGCACCGGGGGCGAGGCCGAGCCGUCGCCGCUCGGGCUGUUGCUGAGCUGCGGUGGCAGCGCUGCCCCGACUCCCGGCGUAGGGCAGCAGCGCGACGCCGCAGGCGAGCUGGAGUCCAAGCAGCUUGGUGGCCGGUCCCAACCUCUCGCGCUGCCGCCGCCCCCGCCCCCGCCCCUGCCGCUGCCCCCGCCGCCAUCACCGCCGCUAGCGGACGAACAACCCGAGCCCCGGACGCGGCGCAGGGCCUACCUGUGGUGCAAGGAAUUCCUGCCCGGAGCCUGGCGGGGCCUUCGCGAGGACCAGUUCCACAUCAGUGUCAUCAGGGGUGGUCUCAGUAACAUGCUGUUCCAGUGCUCCUUGCCAGACUCCGUAGCCAGUGUUGGCGAUGAACCUCGGAAAGUGCUCUUGCGACUGUAUGGGGCAAUCUUAAAGAUGAGGUCCUGUAAUAAAGAGGGAUCCGAACAAGCUCAGAAUGAAAAUGAAUUUCAAGGGGCUGAGGCGAUGGUUCUGGAGAGUGUUAUGUUUGCCAUUCUUGCAGAGAGGUCACUUGGGCCAAAACUCUAUGGCAUCUUUCCCCAAGGCCGACUGGAGCAGUUUAUCCCGAGCCGGCGAUUGAACACUGAAGAAUUACGUUUACCAGAUAUUUCUGCAGAAAUAGCUGAGAAAAUGGCCACAUUUCAUGGUAUGAAAAUGCCAUUCAAUAAGGAACCAAAAUGGCUUUUUGGAACAAUGGAAAAAUACCUGAAUCAAGUACUAAGACUUAAAUUCAGCCGGGAGGCCAGAGUUCAGCAACUGCACAAGUUCCUCUCUUACAACCUGCCUCUUGAGCUUGAGAACCUGAGGUCAUUGCUGCAGUAUACUAGAUCUCCAGUUGUAUUUUGUCAUAAUGACUGUCAAGAAGGUAAUAUCUUAUUGUUGGAAGGUCAAGAGAAUUCUGAAAAGCAGAAGCUGAUGCUCAUUGACUUUGAAUACAGCAGUUACAAUUACAGGGGAUUUGACAUUGGAAAUCAUUUCUGUGAAUGGAUGUAUGAAUAUACCUAUGAAAAAUAUCCUUUCUUCAGAGCGAACAUUCAGAAGUAUCCAACCCGGAAACAACAGCUCCAUUUUAUUUCCAGUUACUUGACUACAUUCCAAAAUGAUUUUGAAAGCCUCAGUAGUGAAGAGCAGUCUGCUACAAAAGAAGACAUGUUGCUUGAAGUCAACAGAUUUGCCCUUGCCUCUCAUUUCCUCUGGGGACUUUGGUCCAUUGUACAGGCCAAGAUUUCAUCCAUCGAAUUUGGGUACAUGGAAUAUGCCCAAGCCAGGUUCGAUGCUUACUUUGACCAGAAGAGGAAGCUUGGGGUGUGAAUGGGAUGGCUCCACUCUUCACCACUGGACUGCAGGAGGCAGCUGCACCAGGCCCUCAGUGGAACACUGCUGUGACCACUGCCCUGGGCAGAAGGCCUGGACGUCUCACUACUGAGCACCGAUGUGUAUACUACAGACUAUAUUAAAGUGGAGUAACAUUUCUUUCAUCUUUGUUUACACUCUCACUAGGACUCUGAACCAUGAUUGGAAGCAGAAAUAUAGUACAAUAGUGCAAUAGCUCAGAGCCCGCCUAAGCUGGAGUCCUUUUGGCUGCAUGGCUACAGCUUUCAGCCACUUGUGGCCCUGGCUGGACAGAGCAGUGCUGUGUGGGUACCAAGUGCUGACUUGGGGUAUUAAUGUGCUGCAGCACAUUUGUGACCAGGCUUUGAAGGUGACAGUCUGACAAUGUGUUGGAGACACUUCUGAAGGGCAAGUGAACAGACAUACUGUGAAGUGGCUAACCAGGAGGAGCCUGAGUUGUGGGGUCUGUGGAUGGGCAGCCAGCUGUUUCUAGAAGUACAGGGUACACUUGACUGUGGGUAUGCAUCUGCAGGAGGCAGUAGCUGCAGCCCGUCUGUGCCUGUGUACACAAGACUACAUGGAUCAGCAUCACCGACUGGCUAUAACUUCAGUGUCUCCUAACUGGGUGUGCUUUAUAGCUCCAGCUUCCGGGGGAGGAACAGUGGAGCCAGCUUCCUCACCCCUUCUUGCCUUCCCUCUGCCUGGCCUGGAAUUUGGGCUUCUGCCCAUUGCCCUCUGAAGCUGCUUCCCAUCUGAUGUCACUGGGAGGUAGCAGCUGUAUGUGGGGUAAUAGGUUGCAGGUAGAUUAGAGCUGUGAAAUCUAUGUACAUUAAUACCCAAUGGGAUAAACGUAGAAUUUUUUUUUUACUCUGAAUUGUUUGUGCACAUAUUUCUGCUACCACCGAGACUGUAUUAUACAGAUAAAUAAACAACUUAAAACCUA